CACACACAGCUAGGGAAAGAUUGACACUUGCACUGUAAGUCAGUAGUGAGGUUAGUAAUGUGGUGGCAUGUGCCUGGAGCCUGUCGCGCUGCAUGCUAUCCCAACAUCACUCACAGCCUCCAGCUUCAUACUCUUCACGCAGCCAGAGAACAUCCUGCAUCUCUGUAGAGCCUUCAGAAGAUACAGGUUGGCCCAAACUGAACGCCCAUCACCUGGCGAUCCGAGACCGGACAGGAACGAGAGGGGGCUAUUCGUUGACCACAUCAACAGGCUUUGACGCAAGAGAGAGAAAAAUCCUUUGUGGUGCUUUCUUGGACAGACGUUGCAACUGCACAGGAGGCCAUGGCCAGUCCAGUGCGGGUCCACCCAGACAGCGCCCUGCUCCAGCCACCCCGCAGUGGCUCUGCUUUCUCUGAGAGUCCUCUGGCUCUUCUGAAAAGAGAAGAAGAUAGCAUAGAGACCCUGGAGCUGGUAGACAGUAAACCACGACUAGAUGGCUCAGAGCGAGGGCUCUCAGGACUCUACCUGUCCUGUAUCGACAUGCUCUUCACUGAGGAUGCUGCUUGGCUAGUGAGGGUGGCGGACUCCUCGGCUUCGGCCGGUGUCGGACCUCGUCCAGAACCCUGUCCGGAGCCAGAGCAGUGCCCUGUUAUUGACAGCCCUGGGUUAGGAAGUGCACCACUGUCACCUGGCCUGGAAGACCAGGUUGAGGAGAGGUCUCUGGAGCAAGUGCAGAGUUUGGUGGUGGGAGAAGUGUUGAAGGACAUUGAGACAGCCUGCAAACUGCUGAACAUCACACCAGACCCGGUGGAGUGGAGUUGUGGGAAUGUUCAGAAGUGGUUGCUGUGGACAGAGCAUCUGUACCGGCUCCCUCAAGUGGGCAAAGCCUUCCAGGACCUGGAUGGGAAAGACCUGUGCGCCAUGACGGAGGAAGACUUCCGCCAACGUUCACCGCAGUGCGGCGACACACUGCAUGCGCAUCUAGACAUCUGGAAAUCAGCUGCCUGGAUGAAGGAGAGGUGUUCGGUAGGAGAGAGCAGGGUCACAGGGGGAGAGGAGCUGUGGUCAGAAGCGGACUCUUCCUGCUCUGGUCAGCCCAUCCACUUGUGGCAGUUCCUCCGGGAGCUGCUACUUAAGCCUCACAGCUAUGGACGCUGCAUCCGCUGGCUCAACAAAGAGAAAGGCAUCUUUAAAAUUGAAGACUCUGCUCAUGUGGCACGACUCUGGGGCCUGAGGAAGAACCGACCCGCUAUGAACUAUGACAAGCUUAGCCGCUCAAUCCGACAGUACUACAAGAAGGGCAUCAUCCGCAAACCAGACGUGUCUCAGAGACUGGUCUAUCAGUUCGUCCACCCAGUAUGAGGCCGGUCAUCAUACUAGAAGAGGCAAGACUGAUAUCUAUGCACUGACAAGCACCACUAAGCCUACACUUCUACACUUUACAGGCUAGCAAAUUAUGCUAGCACAACAGGAUUGUAUGAGUCCCAUCUUUACAAUACUUUUCUUAAUGACUUGAGCCGCAGAUCUGGUUUCAAAACUGAACAAAAAAAAUGGUUUAUUAGUUCCAUAAGGGUUGUUUUUCUCCUCACGGCAUAUGUUUUGGUUUUUUUCCACUCAGAUAUACACAGUGGCCCUUAUUUAUUCAUCAAUGUGGCAUUCGGUGAAAUCUGAUCAAAUGUGCGCACCCAAAUUUCACAGACAAUUUUAUUAUUCGUUAAUGUCAUCUUUGGUGUAUCUGCGUAUAUAGUGGGAGUGCAAUAGUUUAACAUGCUGAAAAUCAUAUAAUUUGUGGUUAACUCAUCAAAACUAUUAUCACCAUCAUCUAUAACACCAGAAAUAAGAAUACAAAUAGAAAGUAACUAUUACGCUAAUAAUUUGUCCACAUGGCAAUCCAGCACAAAAGUGGAUGUACUUAUUUUACAUGGACAUUGGUGUAAACAAAUGCUGCCACUGUUGCACAUUCCAUUUAAACACAUAAUACACUGUGCUAUAGGUUUAUGCUACUGACUCUGCCCACAAAAUAAACACAUACUUCAAACCACAGCUAGUGCAGAGCAACACAGUGUUUAACUUUAUUUCAGGAAAACAAUCACACUACACAAUCACAUCUUUCUACUGUCUUAAAAAAGACAUUUUGUUCAUUUCAUAUUUCAUUGUUUACUAUCAUCAUCAUUUUAAUAGUAUAAAUAUUGGUGAUUAGGGGGAACAGUGCACACACUGCUCAACCUCAAACUCCAACUACGAGCACAGCCAUUGUCUCAUGAGGCUUACCAAACGUCUGCAUGAAUUAGGGCUUGCUUCCUGUAAAUGAGGUACUUGCAGGCUGGUGCUUGAUUUCACACACUGAAGCUGAUUCGCUAUUUGCGCUCAGACCUUUGCAUGUUGGACGAAGGUUUCAUGAAACAGACACAGAGUAGAUCCAUGAAAUUUUCUGUCAUAAAUUUGAUGAAUAAAGGCCAGUGAGCUUAGUGUCGAGGCAAGGGCUGAAUCUCAAAAUCAGCCCCCCCCCAUGGAGUACACUUGGGGACUUCUGAAAGUUUGGCCUCCUAAAUAAUGUCCAGUAGCGAAAUGCACAUGUCCAUGUUUGACAUAAUAUGCAUUGUUUGGAUGCCGGAGCCAAUAUUUUAAGACGACAUAGGAAGUAGGGAGCCAUUUGCGAUUCAGCCAUGGUUCUUGCUCUAAGUGGUAUAUGUGUCUGGGUAGAUAUUUCAAGACAUUUUUCUCAUCUCAUCAUAUAUUUAUUUGAGAAACUAGGUUAGAUAUAUGGGGUUCUACAUGAACAGAAGUUACAAAAACAUGUCCGGGUAUGUUCGCAUGGUCUGCCUGUCUUUCACUAUCUUUCUAAGUUUUACUCAACACUCAAGCUUAAGGACCUGGGCCCAACAGCAAACUUCUCAGAGUUAAAGUGUUGAUCUAAAACCAAUUCUUGCCUUUUUAUGUCUUAA